AUGGACGUGGACAGCGACGACGCCGAGUACGCGCUGCUCCCGCCCGCGACGCAUCAGCAUGACACCAUCACGCGCCAGCUUCAGCGUGAAAUAAUGGGCAAUACUAGUGCUGAUACACUCUCGAAUGAUUUGCCGGAUGCGUCACAAGAAGAGGAGGAGCAUAUAACCCAGGAUGACGAGCCGUCUUUGACACUGUUGCAGAACCCCACGCUUUCAGACGAUUAUUUUCCGGACAACAGCAUUUCUGUUGAAAAAAGAAUUGAGGUGAAUGCGCCGGAUGAAAGAUUAUCCGACGAGAAGGAUCGCACAGAUGGGCAGAAUGAAAGUGGUACAGCCAAGAUCAGGGAAAAUUUGGACACGUCGGAAAUGUAUCAUACAGCGCAAGGCAAAGAGCAUAGCGAUCGUAUUUGUUUGGAUAACUUGCAAUCAACGGGCAGGAGCACUGAUGUGGUCGAAGAAAAUCUGUCAGACUCGUCAAGGACUUCGCCAGCAAGCAAGCGAACAAAAUCAACGACUAAGACGACGUCUCCCAUUAAACUUGAGGAGAUUUAUAGGAAGAGCAUGUCAUUAGGCAGUACGAUCGACAGCUUAACCGACUCAAUGUUUGCGCCGAAUUUGCUAGAACAAGAUUUGGAAACGAGAUCAAGCGUAGAAUUGACGGAUACCACAGUAGCUAGUACGGUGCUCCAGAAAAAAACGUCGCGUCAGAGAUGCUUGAUGUUAAAUUUAAAUGGAGAUUCUGGCGAUGCGUACAUCACUGAGGUGAACGAAGUAUCACUGACUCCAUUGAAAGAGGCAAUAAGCAGGCAUGUAUCCACCCCGUCAAAGGAGGAUGAAUGUUCACCACCACCCUAUCAUGAACAUGCCAAGAGUGGUAUAUAUUCAUCUUUAUCAGAGCAGUCAGAGCGCGAAAAAAUGACUCCACCGACAGAGGAGGCUACGAAAAAGCCCACUAAACCAAAAGAAAUUUUACGGCCACAAGAUCCCGUGGGAAAGCUUGCUAGACGAAAUUCGACAAGCCCUUCUCCGCGGUUGGAUACAAGGGCAUCUCCAGUGCAGGAUACCGAAGCAGGAAACUCAUUGUAUCCGUCAAGAGAAACCACGUCGAAUGAGAGUAGUACUGAAUCACAAUCAUUAGCAGGUGAACGUGCGAUAAGUAGGAGAACGUCGACAAUAGCAAUGGAGUUGAGAACCCGACGAUCAUCAUCCUCUGAAAAAUCGAAGGGUGAAAUUUUGACAUCUUUUACAAAAAGGGAAAGUGAACGCCGAACAACGUUUGAUACAAGUGACGUAUUGAUGGCAUUGGAAACCAAAUCGCAACUACAGAGUGAGCGCCGCCAAACAAUUGACAACGGGUUGUUUGCUUUAAGUAGUGCGUCGAGCUCAUUGUCAAGUGGUGUUAAGAACUCAAACGAAAAAAAACCAAGGUAUUCGCUUCGAAAAAGAGCUUACGACUCAACUGUGCGUGAAAGAAACUCUAAGAAACGCGACCGUGCCGGCAGGUCUCCUCGACAUCAAUCAAUGGAGUCCACGACCCCAAACUCAUCUAUGCAUGAAGAGGUUAGUGCAAACGAGCAAAUGGUGAUAGAAACAGAAAAACAAACGUUUUUUCCCGAAAUUCCACCAAUUCGAUUUCCAAAUCCUUCGCUAUUUUCACCCCCUCCUGGAGAACCUCGAAAUAGGACUCCUCUUAAGGGUAUCUUAAGUGCGCGAAAAGAUCAGCGUACUGGUAGAAGCGCUGUACAAACUACACCAAACAAGUCGGUCAACUUUGGUCCAUCACAAGGUGCCGAAUUUAAUCAUGGUUCACCGUCUACUUCGAUGACUCCUAUGCCAGCUAAGGACGCUUCGCGGCUUUAUCCGCUAGAGCGGAUGUCAUCGGAUGAAGAAUCUGAUGAUGCUGAAACAUCUUUGAACUCUUCUAUUCUUGAUGAGGCCGACUUACUCGACGAUGAUAAGCCAAACAACGUCAGUGUGCAUAAGGUAGUGCAUUUAAAAAAAUCAGGGUUUGAUCUAUUGCAGUCACGAAGAAGUAGCCUAUUAGCACCAAAAUCAAAAGGCACGAGCCAGCGUCGGCAAAGUUUGCGAGGUUAUAGUCCUCUCGAUUCUCGAGCUGAAUUUCGACGACGCAGGCGUCAAACCAUCAACAUUACACGCCAAGCUUCGAUGGAUGCCAAAACAUCAAUUUCAAGGGCAGGCUCGGACAACACUGUACUCAACGCUCAAUUUUCAUCUCCGACAAAAAACAAUCCGUUUUUAUGUGCAAUGGACCUACCUCCGACAAGCCGUACUUACGCAGAAUCUUCGACAUCUUCGGAUGCGGGUGAGGACAUGGAGAUCACAGGAGAAUAUUAUUCCGCAUCAGCCCGAGACAAAGAGAUGGCGGAUGGAUUUAAGCCAGUGCUAUCAGCUAGUGUAACCCACGACGAAGACACAUCGGAGUAUAGCUUAGGCCAUCUUCUUGCAGAGUCCUCCGUUUAUGAGCUAACAAGGUCGGCACCGGAUCCUGAUUUGCAUGACCUUCCAGGAACAUUGGGUGAUCUAGCAAACGAAGUUUCGGAUACAGCUUCGACUCAGCCAAACCUCGUUCCACAGUCUGAUGCCCGAGAUUCUGGACUUGACCGGAUUGCGGAGGAAAAUGAAACCAUGACAUCUUCCAGGAACCAAAGUACUAUGAGUCUUGCGUCCGAAGAAAGCGACGAUGAUUAUGCGACCGGCCGCACAUCACUCCAGGUCAACUUAAAGUCACAAUUUGACCAAGUUAGUGAGCCUAGCCAUAGUCCUCGUCUCCAUGCGUCACCAACGUCCCUUUCUGCUCAUUUGAUUACCAUGGAAGAGCUAUUGUCGUCUAUUACUUUGGAAGAAGAGGCCACAACUGUCGAGGAAGGUGAAGCUUUUUUUGGCGAUGAGGGUGAGUCGCUAGAUAAAGUUUCGAUAGAUGUGAAGCUGGCUUGUGCACACGACAUGUGCUCUGAGGUCGUCCAACGUCACGCUCAAGAUGUAUCGUCGUGGUCAUCGGCUGUGGCAAUAGAGUUAUCAUCGUUUCUAGGCGUUAAAGCCCCCGCAUGUUUUUGUCCGGAAAAUCUUGAUGACGCUGGUCGUGAGGCAAUUCAAGAACUUUUUGCUUCAGAGGCUCUCGUCGCACGAACAGGGUGGUGUCAGUUACAAGUGCAGAUGGAACGUCAGCUUACCAACAGUUUGUCUGUGGGUGCAGAUGCACUAGCAAAGGAUGUAAAAUCACUGGAGGAUAGUGUUGCUACAGAUGUACACAAGCGGCAAAAUGAACUUGCUUCGAUCAAGGAAAUGAUUGAUCGUGAGGAACAGAUGGCUUUGCUUUUAGAUGCAGUUGAGGAGCAACAGGGUGCCCACGACGAAUAUGUGAAAGCUGUGAAGGAUCUGGAACACGAGUGCUCCUCGCUUCUGUUAGAAGACUCAGUGCUGCAGAGUCGCUUAAAGGUUCUUGAAGGCAGAGCAGCAGAAUUGGAGCCAGUGACUCGAGUUGCAACAACGCUUUUAGGCCAGAAUGUUUUAGCGACAGAAGAGAUGCUUGCGAUCCAGGAAAGUAUGACGGUGUGGAAAAUUCGCGAAGCAACAGCUGGUACUCUUCGGUUAAGCGCACUCCUGAAAGACGUAUUAUUCGAUGUGGAGAUCUGCGUCAAUGUAAAUUUAAGCCUUUCUUUGACGAGCGGAGCAUCAACUUCCAUUGAAACAAACGAAUAUCUAAAGCAUAGAGAAGGUAAUACAUACCUUCCUUACGAAAGCGAUGUAGUGCUCGUGCUACAGCGACUAUUGCUUAAUCCCCAUUACAUCUCCCAAAUUGCUAAUGAGCCUGAGCUCGGGGACGGAAACGAUGGACGGAUAUGCUCAAAGUUACAAGUGCUGGAAAUUUUUGUUUGCCGCUCGUUUCGGUUUUUAAAAGAGCUGCGCGAUUUGUCAACUCACUUUGCAAUGCGCGUCGGGUUUUCUCUUCUUCCCGUAUCUCCUUACACUGACUUCCAAACGGCUGUACAGAUUCCGCGUGGACGGAUAACGGCAGAGAAUGUAACAAAGGAAAUUGAUCUUGUGUCUAGACACGAACCCAAGUAUUUUACGCGAGUGUGUCGGCGACUUCAUGAAAAAUUCGUGCGUUGA